CACACAAUACAGCAGCAGCACUACACAAGCUUCCGCGGAGCGGAACAGUCUAUCAUCCACUGACUGCAUAUCCAUUUUCAGCACCAUUUUUGAUUGUAACGAUGUAGUUAAUGAUAGAAGGAUCCGUUAUGACUGUAUUAUCAUCGUUAGCUUAGCUUUUUAUUUUAAGCAAAGGGGAUUCCAGCUAACGGCUAUCAGCUCUAACAACAGAGGUUCACCAAAGAUGAGCAAACAAAAGUACUAAUGCUCCUCCACAGCGAAUGACCAAAAGCAUUAUCGAGCGAUAACAGGACUGGUGGGAAUCGACGUCAAGAUGAUGAAGAAAAAGAAGUUUAAGUUCAGAGUUGAUUUUGAGCUGGACGAACUGUCGUCGGUUCCGUUCGUCAACGGAGUUCUGUUCUGUAAAGUCCGCCUGCUUGACGGUGGAUUCUCGGAGGAGUCAUCGCGCGAGACGGUCCAGGCAAACUGUGUACGCUGGAGAAAAAGAUUCUCCUUCCCCUGUAAAAUGAGCGCUAAUGCUGGAACCGGAGUCCUUGACCCCUGUGUGUGUCGAGUUUCAGUCAGAAAGGAACUGAAAGGUGGAAAGACUUAUGCAAAGCUGGGUUUUGCUGAUCUCAACCUGGCGGAGUUUGCAGGAUCGGGUAGCACCACACGCAGGUGUCUAUUGGAGGGUUAUGACACCAAAAACACUAGACAGGACAACUCCAUCCUUAAGGUGAUUAUCAGCACACAGCUGAUGUCUGGGGACCCCUGUUUCAAAACGCCUCCAUCCACCGCAACGGUAAUAGGCAUUCAGGGUGAUGCAGAGAGCCUGCUGGAAGACAGGAAAGGAGGAGACACACAGAAACCGAGUCUUUCAGAGACAUCAGGGAAGUGUGGCUCUCUGCCUGAUGAGCUCGGGCUGUGUGGACACUCUCGAACGUCCAGUUAUGCUAGUCAGCAGUCCAAAGUAUCAGGCUAUAGUACAAGUCACUCACGUUCCUCCAGUCUGUCGGAGUUCUCCCACAGGAGGAACACUUCGAUCGGGAGCGCUUCCACCGGCAUUGCUAGCAUCCCUGAGCCCAGUGAGGAGAGUGACCAAACUACAGUACCCCCUACAGCCCCGGGGGUCUGCGCUGCUGUGCCUGAACACCCAUCAACCCCUGACAGAGCUGCCAACAGGUAUCCAGUGAAACAGGAUUCAAUGGAGUCUCAGCUGAAAAGAGUGGAUGCCACACGGGUGGAUGCCGAUGACGUAGUUGAGAAGAUUUUGCAAAGCCAGGAUUUCACCCACAGUCUGCUGGACUCCAGCACUGAAGAGGAAGGUCUGCGCUUGUUUGUGGGUCCUGGUGGGAGCACAGCACUUGGUAGCCAUCACCUUCCUGCCAGAGUUGGAGCUGGUGCCUACGAACAGGUGGUGAUCAAACGCUAGAGUUGGGAGAUGACAGAAGGAGAAGUGUCAAAAACCAAAGUCUGUUUCGUGGGAGGAGAAAGGGACUAAGAGAUUCAGACAUGUUCGUCUCCUCUCACAUUAGGAGUGUUUGUCACGAACCUGUUUCAUCCUUGGAAUGGUAAAGAACCGACAGCUCCUCUGUAUGAGGCUGCCAUUAUAGGUGUCUUGUGUUUCACUGUGAGGUCAAGUUUGUCUCCCAAUACGUCCGCUUUGAAAAUCAAAGAGCGUUUUUCUUGCAUAUUUUUUAAAAUGUAUAUUUCAUAUUAUUGUUUUAGUUUGUUUUUACCCAUGUUUACAUGUUUGUGAGCCAUGUCAGUAACAUUUGAUGGAUUGUAUUAAUCUUUUACAGUACAUAUGAGGUGUAUACUCUCUGCAGAUGAAGGUGACCCCUUUGCAAAAUGUUUUUGUCAUCUCAUUACUGUCAGAAUGGAAAUCAAACCGUCCUCACUCACCCACAGCGUCUCACUUUGUGCGUGUGAGAAGUCGCGAUGCGUUUUGACAGAUGGAGCCGUUUUCAGACUUGAAAAAAUGUCCAUUUGAAUAGCACUUUGAAUUGAAGGACUUUCUGUGUAUCUCCAACACUAUAGGGAGUUUUGAGGCUGAGCUGUUGAUCAAGUUAACCCAUACACGGAAAAUGUGUAUUUCUUCUUUAUUCAUUGUCUUAAAUGACUUUCAGCUUGAGAAAACUCCUACAGCUGCAUUAUAUGUUGAAUGAGACUACUUAUGAAAUUUUGCAAUUCAAUAUAUUGACAUAUUAGCUACCUAAAAUCCGAGCAGGUGAAUAUCUGAUAAGUACGUUUCUGGCAUCAUUAAUAUCUCGUAAAUAUAUUGGCUUUCAUGCAAGGACAAAAUGAGCCAAGCUGUUCUCAAGCUACAAUUAGUAACAUGGCAGCACAGAACAAAGUAUUUAACUAUUUCAGCAAUGCUUGAAACAUUUAGCACAAGGCUCUUGAGGCGUGUAGCUCUUUUUAUCCUCUCUAUAACACUACAAAACCUUUUUUUUCCCCCCAUGUUUUUGUAGUUACUUGAUGCAUCACUAAAAUGAAGGUAUUGACUAUUUUCAUAGUAUCUCUGUCUGUAAGAUCAGCUAUAGGGCAUAUCAGAGUCAUACAUUAGUGCUUCUCUAGUUUUAUGUGACCGUAUGCCCAUCUCUUCUCAGAAUCCAUUCGCUGUUUUAUUAAUAUAAACUCACUUGCCUCUACAAUUUAAAUGUGUGUGAGGAUUCGCAGUUGAGCGCGAGUGUACAAUUUAUUUGUAGCACUUGAUUAUAUCAUAACUGUCUAGAGUUAUAUUGUAGAAAUGCAUGGGUGUCACACCUACUCAAUGUGUCCAAAGCAUUUUGUGUAGUCUUUGCUAACUCCAUCAGAUUGAUCCAGAUCUGUUGAGAUCCAAACACAAAAAAAAAAAACAUUGACGGGAAGCUUGGAUUCAACUCGGCCAUACAUCUCAGGUUUAUUAUUUUAUCUUACGCAAUUACUGCACAAAUAUCAAAGCACCACACUGCGAUUGUACAGAGCUCCUAAAGAGACAUGGUGAUAUGUCUAAAUAAGAGAUGGGAGGAAAAAUUAUAUAUCAGUGCUUUUGCGUUCUCUCGCAAAUGUUUUGGAUUGCUUAGACAAACUUUGUUCACUUGCAAAACCUUUGCGUUCAACUGAGAAACGUUAUGUUCACUUGAAAAGAGUGAGUGCAAAGCUUCUCGUGGGAACACAAAGAUUUUGCAUGCAAACAAAAGUUUCUUGUGGGAAUGAAAACACUUUGCAUGAAAACGCAAAUCUUUAUUGUGGGAAUACAAGCAUUUUGUGAG